GCAUAUAGCGGCGCUGCACAGAGGGAAUGGCAGACACGGGGCGCUCUGUAACGAGUUGUUUAGAGAGUUUCUCUGAAGAAGUUCGGGAGCUCCAUGGAACAGAUUCUGUGCCCUAUCUUGAUGCGCCACCCUCUCCAUUACAGUUUCAUCGAGAUUGGGUCUCUCCAAACAGACCCUGUAUCAUUCGCAAUGCCUUUACUCAUUGGCCAGCCCUUCACAAAUGGACAUUUGGUUAUCUCCGUACUCAUAUAGGCUCCAAGAAAGUUAGCGUGGCUGUCACUCCAAAUGGCUAUGCGGAUGCAGUGUACAAGAACAGGUUUGUCAUGCCUGAAGAGAGAACCAUGUUUUUAUCUGAUUUCCUGGAUAUUGUGGAGAAGAAAUCAAAUACUCCUGGAGUGUUCUAUAUCCAAAAGCAGUGCUCUAACCUCACAGAAGAGUUUCCUGAACUAGUAGAGGACGUGGAAAAUCAUAUACCUUGGAUGAGCGAAACAUUGGGAAAGAGUCCAGAUGCUGUUAAUUUCUGGCUGGGUGAAUCGGCGGCCAUAACAUCCUUGCACAAAGAUCACUAUGAGAAUCUAUACUGUGUAAUUUCUGGAGAGAAGCAUUUUAUUCUGCAUCCGCCAAGUGAUCGGCCUUUUAUUCCUUAUGAAAUGUUCCAGCCAGCAACAUACCAUGUAUAUGAAGAUGGGUCUUUCAAGGUUGUUGACCAUGAAUCUGCAGAAAAGGUUCCCUGGAUUCCUCUUGAUCCUUUAGAGCCAGACUUGAUUCGCUACCCUUCUUAUAAACAGACAAAACCUCUGCACUGCACGGUGAGAGCCGGAGAAAUGCUAUAUCUGCCAUCUCUGUGGUUUCAUCAUGUGCGCCAGUCUCAUGGAUGCAUUGCAGUAAAUUUUUGGUAUGACAUGGAGUACGACAUCCGGUACCACUAUUUCCAGCUUCUCGACUCUAUCUCCAGAACUGUGACUUGAACAAACUCCAGCAAAAAUCUGGAAUAUAAUCUCAUUGGCCAGGCCCAUAAUUGUAGCAAAGGCCUAUCAGAAACAUUGCUGUGAAGGGAAAAGCCAGUAUAACAUCCAAGCUCUGAGGGACUUAGUCACCUUCCUCUUAGUGACUUCAUGUCCUGUGUGACAUCUGAGCAACCUAUUUAUGAAAUGUUAUAUAAUAUGAAAUAUACUAAGAACUGCUCACAAAAAUAAAGGCAGCACAUGUCAUGUUAA